GAGUAAAAGAGAGUGGCUGCUGCAUAAAUUGCACUUCUUCUCUUGGGGUUCGACAAAAUCCAUUCAAAAGGAGGAGGAUUGAGAAAGAAAAACUAAAAAAGAAGAAGGCUAAAAGAAGAAAAGAAACGACAGAGGAGUCUGUCAGGAGAGAUUAUACGGUUGUUAUCGCCGUAGCAUCUAGCCACUGCCGCCAUCCUUGGCCGCAGCCCGACUUCCGGCCACUACACCACCACCACGGCUAAGAAGGCAAGUUCCCUCCGCCACUAUCUCCGAUUCCAACUCCGAUCUGGUUUUGAAUCUCUACUUCCACCAUGUUGCGCCUAGAUCCGCCAUUGCCGCCGCCAUACCGGAGGUUUAUAGUCAUCGAUGGUGCAACCAAACUCACUAGCUCCCCGCAGCAAAAAGCACUAUGGUCGUGGUGCACCACUCUAGAUUAGAGAUUAAGAGUUUGCCACUCCUAUGGUUCGUCACCGCCAAUGCAAUCGGAAUAUGGGUGCCACUAUUCUGCUGAAAAUCAGCCCCCUUUUCGGAGUGAAAAAGAGGACCAGAUUCAAAUUGAAGAUGGAGACAAACCAGUACUUCAAUUCCCCCUGCCGGUGAUCGACCUUCUCUGUGGGCGCUACUACCGGGGAUGGACCGGGAGCACAGGUUCGACAACCCGAUAGGGGACGAGGCGAGCAAGGCGAAGCUACGGAGACUGGGAAGUUUCUGUUGAUUAGAUUCAGGAAGGACGACGACGACAUACUUGACGAGUUUGAAUUGGCUGGAGUUUCCAUGCAGAUCACGGCAGGAUUCUGUGGGAAACAGCUGCGGCAACAGGUUCCCCGUCUAAGAGGGUCCGGCAGUGGCGAAUGCAGCACUGAGCGGGGGUAGAUCAGAACCGACAGCGGUUCGUGCGGCGGAGCGGGCAUGUAACACCCUAAUCCGUCCAGGGCAUCGUCGAGCUCCGAUGACAAAGUGCCAGAGAAGUCCACCGCAUCCGGUGGAUCGAUAUUGCGGCCGCCUACUAAAACAACAUCCACUGUCGCCACAUGAUUCCGCCACCACCGUCUCUCAAAUCAUCCACCAUCACUUUGUCCGCCCUAGAUCAGAAUCAUGCUCCACCGGCUAUGGAGCAGCUGAUAGGCGAUGUUUCUCAUACCCAAAUCCACAACUGGAUGGAGCCGUCGUUGGGAUUUGCCUCGCUUGAGACCGUCGUUGCGCUCCAACCUGUUUUUGAAGAUUCUAGUGUUUUAGCCAUCAAAAAAGUGAGCCGAGCUCAUAUCGGGGACGCCUGAUUCAUUUAAGCCCUUGAUCUGAGGCACUUUGAUCGAAGAUGGUCUCCGCGAGACAUGAAGAUAUUUACAUCAGUCAGCCGGGCUAACACUGAUCUUCAACAAAGCUACUUCAUCGGUUACUUAUUCGUACUAACAUCGAUCUCGAUGAAAUAACUAUUUGAGGCACCGUCGCUUCAUCAUACUAACUCCGAUGUCGUAUAACUACUCGAAGCAUCGUUGCUUAAUCGAACUGACAUCGCUCUUGUUAUGAUAGUUAUUCACGCGAAUUUUUAUCACCUA